AUCUUUAUUUUAAUAUAUGAAUUAUUAUUAAACUAUUUGAUUUAAAUUAUUCUAAUUUUGUGAUUUUUUUGUUUUCAUAAAUAAACUAUUAUAACUUUGAAUUAUGUCAUUGCUUUUAUUUUUAGGCAUCGAACAAACUUAGAAAAAACGCAUUGAAUUCAGUUCGAUAUGCUGAAUUUUGUCUUCCUAGUUGUCAUAAAGGUUCAAAUGAAUCGACACGUAUUGGAAAAAAUCUUGUAUCUUUUCUUGGGAAUUAUACACCAUAUUUACAAACAUUACGUAUUUGGCGACCAGAUGAUUUUCCUUGGACAUCAAUUCGACCAGAAUUUCAAUCAAAAUGGCGUCGUCAAAAUUUAACUGAUAAAUGGUUAAAAUCUUUAACAACAUCUCAAUCAAUUACUGAACAUGUUUCCAUAUUUGAAUAUGAUCUUUCUCAAUUAAUUCAACAAUUAAAACAAUUUACUUUUCUCGAUAUUUAUGGUCAAAUUGAUCAUCAAAAAAUUGAACCUUAUCGUUCUAUGAUUCAAAGACGUUUUCCUAAUAGUCGAGUUCAUAUUCAAAUAAGAAGAUUUUGUCUUUGGUUUUGA